CCUAAGAUGCAUGUUAAGUGGGUCGUUAAGAAUAGGUUUUUUUGGUUGAUACUGUCAAAUUUUAUCAUAAAAUGUAAUAUUGAAUGACGGUUUAUCUGUUAAAGGUAACAAAGCCAGUACAUGGAAUAACCUUUAUUGUUCAAACUACAAGAUGGGUAGCUAUUUUUCUAAACCUCCGCCGAGGAAGGAAAAUCCACCACCCACACCAAGACAGGAACUAUUACUCACAAAACCAUGGCGCGCUCAUAAGAUACUUUCAGAUGGCUGGACUGAGAAGGUGCAAAAAGAUCUUCUUGAUGACAUAGCUAACAAACUCAAAGAAAAUAUAAAUAUCAUAUUUAUUGGUCCGGUGGCAUGCGGGAAAUCAAGUCUAAUUAAUUCGUUUUUUACAACUAUAUUAAAUCGUAUUACCAGUAAGGCUUCAGCUUGUCGAGAUCUGACUUCACAUACGUUGCGUCUUCAUCAGAUAAGAGGAUUGAGCAAGCUUGAAAAAAUAACGUUCUAUGACACCAUGGGACUAGAGGAAGCAGAUGAGAAGGGCUUACGAACGAAACAUGCAAAGCCGAUUGUUAAAGGAGAAAUACAGCCAGGCACAAAGGGUUUUCUUCCUCACAAAUGGUUGACUAGUUAA